UGCGGAAUCGAUUUUAUUUCCAGCUCUAGCACUGUGGCAGUGAGUGAGCGAGCCAGCAAUACGCGAACGAUUUUUGCGCAAAAACGGAGUUUAUCAAUAAAUCGUUUUGUGCAAUUGCAUUGGAUCAGGGAAACGCGUGAGUGCGAGUGCAGAAGAUUAUAGUUCGGUGUUACGACCUCUAGAAUUCAACGUCUGCUCCGCGAUUCGGGGGUGUGAAAAAAAAAUUAAAAGGAACGUAGGCAACGAUAACAACAGGCGGAGGGAGAGAGAAAGAGAGAGAGAGAGAGAGAGCAGUGCGGAGCUCGCAGUAGUGUUGUGUGUGUGCGUGCUGCCAACUUGUCGCACCAACUCGGUGUUGGUGCUGCUGGUUCCCCUCUGCUGCGGUGCUGCUGCUGCUAGUGCUGUGUGCGUGUGAUUGGCUCUCUGAUUUGAGCCUUUCGAAAUGCCAUACCUGGCGCUGUAGUCUCCUACAGGAACCGUAGAUUUUCGGGAGCCACGAGCCCCCUGCCAAGGGUUAUAGACUAAACCCCUCUUAAAAAUAUCUACGGAAUUUUCAACAAGUUGCCAGCACAGCGUGCAACGCGCGCACACACACACACUCACACACAGGCAAACGACACGCACGCUGGAGAGAGGGCGAGAGAGAGAGAGAGGGAAAAGGAGAGGGAUAGAGCGAGCGAGAGCGAGAAACAACAACAACAAGAGGCAACGUUUUUAGUGAUGUCAUCAGAAACAACCCCUUCAAGCUGGCCAAAUUGAAGCGGAAACGAAGCCAAACUGAAGCACUUGUCGGAGAGCGUCUCGGUGCUGCUGAAGAUCGCCAGGAUCGGCAAUAUGGACAACAGCAUCGUCGAGGAGAACGGCAAUUCGUCGGCGGCCUCGGCCUCCAACGAUGUCGUCGAUGUCGUUGCCGCCCAAGCGGCGGCAGCAGCAGCGGCGGCGGCGGCAAAUAGUGGCGGCGGCGGCGGAGGAGGAGGCGGUGGUAACCCCCAGCAGCAGCAGCAGCAACAGAACCCACAGAGUACAACGGCGGGAGCGGCGAAUAAUUCGCAGGGAGCGGCCACCGUGCUGACCACCACCUCCAACUGCAAUCUACAGUACCCCAUCCAGACGCUGGCGCAGCACGGGCUGCAGGUGCAAUCCGUGAUACAGGCCAAUCUCGGGGUCAUACAGACAGCGGCUGGAACACAACAGCAACAACAACAGCAGCAGCAGGCGCUGGGCGCCGCCACAGCGAUGCACAAGGGCGUGGGAGUGGUCUAUGUGGCCAAGCCGGCCAACUCGACGGUCAUUCACACGACCCCGGGCAAUGCAGUGCAAAUCCCUCCAACCUUUCCGACGUGUAAGAUCAAACCAGAGCCAAACACGCAGCAUCCGGAGGAUAGCGACGAGAGUCUGUCGGAUGACGACUCUCAGCAUCAUCGCAGCGAGCUGACGCGACGGCCAUCGUACAAUAGGAUCUUUACCGAGAUCAGUGGACCCGACAUAAGCGGCGCAUCGCUGACCAUGUCCGAUGGUGUGCUCAACUCUCAGCUGGCGGGUAGCGGUGCGGGGGGCAAUGCGACGAAUAGCUCACUGAUGCAGUUGGACCCGACGUACUACAUGCCCAAUCGGAUAUCUUACAACACCAACAAUAGCGGGAUAGCGGAGGAUCAGACGCGUAAACGCGAAAUCCGUUUGCAGAAGAACAGGGAGGCGGCGCGUGAGUGCCGGCGCAAGAAGAAGGAGUACAUCAAGUGCCUGGAGAAUCGCGUGGCGGUGCUAGAGAACCAAAACAAAGCGCUCAUAGAGGAGCUCAAGUCGCUCAAGGAGCUCUACUGUCAGACCAAGAACGAUUGAAUGUGGGGCGUGCGCCUCCGCCUCCAGCUAAGGUUAUGGCUAUAGUUGCCGCCAUUCUGGGAAAACGCGAAAAACACGAAUGCCCGACAGCAGCGCUGCAUGGAUCCGCAUAUCAUCAUGAUUUAUAUACGUAUAGAAUGCUCUAUAUGUGGAUAGUGUGUACAUUAAGUGUUAUUGCGUUUAUACGAAGCUCAGUUCAUGGAUAGUCAUUUCAUGUAUGAGCUGUAUGCGGGAUCGCGUUGUUGUUAGGACAGAGACGGAGACGGACGAUGGACGAUGGACGAUGGACGAGAGAACACAAUUGUAAUUAUGUUUAUAAUUUAAAAGUUUAAUAUUAUGUUUUUAAUUAGAUGUAUGCCUUAGUUUACUUGCUAAUUUAACGAUACUGAAGUUAUAUCCACAAAAAAACAUGUGUAUAGCCUAAGCCCAAAAAGUCCUUUUAUCCCUACGAUUCUAUACCCCAAGCUCCCCAAAUCAAUUGUAAUUAAAAAUUUUGUUUUAUCUAAUUCGUAAUUACUGCAGGACAUGCGAGUCUAGCGAAAGUGUUAUUUUUUCUUAGCGAAUUUGUAAGCAGGAACGCACGAGAUAGAGAGAGAGAGAUGUGUGAUGUCUCCCCAUUUAAAAUUUAUUUCUCUUGAUCUAAAUACCCAGUGGAACCAAAAAAUGUAAGAGCGAGAGCUUUGUAAAACCUAAACUAUUGUUUAAUAGCUUGAAAACGAAUCAAACAUAUUAAUCUUUGAUGAAUCGAGGCAAUUGUAUUAUAACUAUCAUCAAUGGGUUUAAGCUGGACAUAAAGAAUGUUCGAUAUUUGUUCGAUAAACGCUCUUUUUUAUGAUUCUUGUUUCGAUACUUUUAUCCACUGGGUAUACAUGUUUUAUGUAUGUAUGUGUGUGCCGCUUGUGACGGAGGAGCGCAAAAUAAUAAAAUUGUAACUAUAAAAGGA